AUGGCCUCACAAGAAAUGGUGUAUGACAGUGCACACUCUAUCGAUGAUGUACCGGCCAAUUUCCGAGAAUUCGUUAGUCGUCAAAAGAAUAUUACUUUGUUAAGAGAAAUCAAUGAAUUGAUCCGAUUAGAACCGAAGCGCUUUCAAUAUGCAGAUGGUGUUUUUUCAAUGUCAAAUUCUUCUAUUAAAUGGGCCUCUUUCAUUUACGGUGGUUUCUCUUCGGCGUGCUUGCAAGCGUCGAUUAAAUUUUGUAAAGAACAGGAAUGUGAAGUUUUUUUUCGUCUUAUCUCAUACAAUCCGCCAAUUUAUUCGACACGGCAGCCAUUGUUUGAUGUUUUCAAAAGCAACGAUUUACUUUUGGCACGAAAAUUACAUUAUUUGGAGUUGGAAUUGUUUAAUAUUCGUCCGAUACUGACAGAAGAGCCGUCAUUUGUUAAGUCGUUCGAUCAGUUCUUGAACAAUAUGGAUCAAAAGUUUUGUUUAAGUCGAUGGUCCCAUUUGAUUGACUAUUCGAAAUUCCAUAUUGCUGGCGGAUGUUUAUUGACGAGUUUACGAAACAAUUUAUUUACGUCAUCAGGUCAAGAUAUUGAUUUAUUUUACAAAGGUCCAUCAUACAGCGAUUAUCUGGAGUGUAUUAAUCAGAUCGAAGAAAAACUCUGUCAAUAUUUUUAUGUGAAACGAAACAUUUGCGUUGGAAAAAAAAUCAUUAACAUGCGAUUGUUCACAAAUAGUUAUAUUAGUAAUCUGAUGCAGCAGCCCGAUUUUAUUGAUUUACAGUUUGUUUUCAUCAAAAAUGAUUAUGCUCCAGAUGAGUUGUUAACAAAAUUUGAUAUCGAUAUCAGCCAAUUUUCAUUCGAUGGUAAAAGAUUAUACUGUACGAUGGCUGCUGCCCAAGGAAUUCGAACAGGAACUAUGAUUCAUUAUGGUCUUCAUGACGACGAUAUCGAUUUUGCGUCAAUUGCCAUUCGAAUUGGAAAGUACAUGAGACGCGGUUUUCGACUGUUAUAUCCGGUGCAAUUUAACAUCAAACGAUUCGAUAUGACUCCAUUAUACAUUAGCAACAAAUGCUUUCCGUUACGUAUUCAACGAACUGGAAACGCUGAGAACGAACUUUCUGCGGACUUAUUGAAUCAUAAUUCAAAUUCUAUUAACGACUAUCAGUACCCCAGUCUGACGUGGAGUCGUAACUACGACUAUUUUCAUAUUCAACAAAAAUUUCGAUUUAAACUUUUGUUUGGUUUCGAACAGUCGGAUAUGUUCGAUUAUUUUUGA